UACAAGGACGUCAUGAUGGAGGAUCACCGGCCCCUCACAUCACCAGGGAAGGAGGAGAAUAUAACACUGGAGAGAUGUCCCAGUCCUUUUCUUCCUCAGAGUAGUUCAGAAGAACUUCACAAUGUCCCACAGGAGGAUCAGGUAGAUGAAGAUAAGUACAUUAUGAUGGAGGAUCACCGGCCCCUCACAUCACCAGAUAAGGAAGAGAGAACAUCUGAGAGAUGUCCCAGUCCUCUUCUUCCACAGGAUGGUUCAGAAGAACUUUACAAUGUCCCACAAGAUGAUCAGGUAGAUGAAGAUAAGUACAUCAUGAUGGAGGAUCACCAGCCCCUCACAUCACCAGUUAAGGAAGAGAGAAGAACACUGGAGAGAUGCCCCAGUCCUCUUCUUCCUCAGAGUAGUUCAGAAGAACUUCACAAUGUCCCACAGGAGGAUCAGGUAGAUGAAGAUAAGUACAUCAUGAUGGAGGAUCACCGGCCCCUCACAUCCCCAGUUAAGGAAGAGAGAAGAACACCGGAGAGAUGUCCCAGUGCUCUCCUUCCACAGGAUGAUUCAGAAGAACAUUACAAUGUUCUACAGGAUGAUCAGCUUGUGAAUCCGGUUGAAGAUCUGAACAUUAUAUAUGUUACAGAGACAGAUGUGAAGGACGAUGAGCAGAGUAUAGAGGACAUUCCUAUAGAUAACCUCCCAGAUGAUUGUAUCAGGAGCUCAGAGGGACAUCUGAUAUCUACAGAGUUUAAAGUAGAUGAUCGGGGUAUUACACGAAAUACGUACGAAGAACAUGCCAUUAACCCAGAUAUAUCCUCAUCCAUUCACAACCAAAAUCUAUCAUCUGAUUAUUUUAAACAGUUCCGAUCUUCUGAUUCCUUACAGACUGUAACGCAAAACGAAAACCCUAUAAGGGGUGUUGAAUAUCAAAGAGCUCACACACGGGAGAAGCCAUUUUUAUGUCUAGAAUGUGGGAAAUGUUUUGUCCUAAAAAAAAAUCUUGUUAUACAUCAAAGGAAUCACACAGGGGAGAAGCCAUUUUCCUGCUCAGAAUGUGGGAAAUGUUUUAGAGAUAAAUCCUAUCUGGUCAUACAUCAGAGAAUUCACACAGGGAAGAAGCCAUUUUCAUGUUCAGAAUGUGGGAAAUGUUUUAACAUUAAAUCGGAUCUUGUUAAUCAUGAGAGAAUUCACACAGGGGAGAGGCCAUAUUCAUGUUUACAAUGUGGCAAAAGCUUUGUCCUCAAAAACACUCUUGUUCUGCAUACGAGAACUCACACGGGGGUGAAGCCAUUCUCAUGUUCCGAAUGUGGGAAAUGCUUUGCCCUCAAAAACAAUCUUGUUAUACAUCAACGAAAUCACACAGGAGUGAAGCCGUUUUCCUGUUCAGAAUGUGGGAAAUGCUUUAAGCAUAAAUCAGAUCUUGUUAGACAUCAGAAAAUUCACAUGGGAGUGAAGCCAUUUUCCUGUUCUGAAUGCGAGAAAUGUUUUACUCGGAAAUCAGCUCUCGUUAGACAUCAGAGAAUUCACACAGGGGAGAAGCCGUUUUCCUGUUCAGAAUGUGGGAAAUGUUUUACACGUAAAUCAGGUCUUAUUGACCACCAGAAAACUCACACAGGGGAGAAGCCGUUUUCAUGUUCAGAGUGUGAGAAAUGUUUUACUCAGAAAUCAGCUCUUGUUGCACACCAAAAAACUCAUUCAAGAGAGAAUCCAUUUUCAUGUUUAGAAAGUGAGCAAUCUAAAUAUGAGAAAACUGAUACAGGGAUGUAGCCAUUUUCAUAUUUUUUAAACGUGUUUCUAUUGGUAGGUACAAGAAAAUAUAUAUAUUCCAGUCAGGCUACUUUCACACUACCGUUUUGCUGGAUCUGGCAGGGUUCAGCAA